AUGGAUGAACAGUACCAAGGCAUGGAUAAUGAACAGUGCAAAGCCGGAGAUGACUGCAAAGAAAGGAGCCAUGGGGAGGAUGGUGGGGCAGUGGAGGCGGAUUGGACCUUAAGGGAGAGGCUGAGGGAGAAGGAAGCAGCGAUGGAGGAUCUGCUAGCGAAACUGCAAGAGGCAGAGAAGCAGUUGAUGUGCCUUCGCCAGCGAGAUUCGCGUCCUGCUGCCGCUACUCCAGGCCAAGACAAGCCCCAGAUGGACACUAAAGACCUUGAGAUCGAGCGUCUUACAGCUGAGCUUCUGUUCAAAGAAGAGGAAAUGGAGCAGGUUCGGAAGCAGCAAGAGAAGGAGGAGCAAAGGCGACAGGCAGCAGAGGCAGAGGCAAUGGAGUUGAAGGAGAAAAUGGCACGGGCUGGGAUAGAGAGAGAACCACGUGUGCAGGAAGAUCGACUGGAGAUUUCUGAGCAAGCGACAGGGAAGCGUGCAGAGGAUGCAACAGGCAGUGCAGGGAAGGCGCCACAGCUUGCUGCUGUUGCUGGCGCUGCUGCUGUUGCUGGUGUUGGUGUUGGUGUUGGUGUUGGUGUUGGUGUUGGCGCUGCUGCUGCUGCCGGCUCUGGUGCAGGUGUUGCUGCUGGUGCUGCUGCUGGUGCUUUUACUGGUGCCAUGGCUGGUGCUGCGUCACCAACCUCUGGAGCCGGUGCUGCUUUAUCCUCGGACCGUGACAUGGCUUCUUUGCACAGUGCCCUGCAAAGAGUGUGGAACGGCCCAAUGUUCCCCCCAUCUUCUACCUCACACUUAACUAAGUGGGACGGGUUGCUUUCAAGGAGGCAGGAGGAGCAGAGGCAGGAGAGGAGGAAGGAUGGUAAGAGGCACGGGAGUGCCAGGCCCCAAGCGGAUAAUGACGUUGCGGCCAUGGAGGUUGACAGGGAUGAGGCAUCCGCUGACUCAGCGCAGGGCCGCGGUGACUCAGCAUGCAGAUUCGACGAGUCAAGAUCCAUGAUGCGUGACUCAGCAGAGCACAGCCGGUUUGUGGCAUCACAGCUGAUAGCCCACUGUGCUCGAGAAUUCCUAUCCCUCGUUGCGUCUCCCACUGCCUCUCACAUCCCUCCCGCCCUGGAUACAACACCUCUAUCCACUCAAUUCACCAACGCUCUCAUAGCAAGGCCCACUCCUCUGGUGCACAGGCACCUUGCCUCAGGCCCAAGGUGGGAAGAAUCGAGUGUCGAAAGAAACACAGACCCGCUACAAGUGCUGCACCGUCGCACCUCCACACACGCACAGCCGCACAGUCUAGGCACAUCGCAUGUUCUUCUUUCUGCAGAUGCAGCAAGGGGAUCAGCGGUUGUGCUGGGACUGAGAGGUGGAGAGGAGGAGGUGAAGACUGGGGGAGUGGGUGGGGAUGUCGUUUUAACGAAUGUGCAGCGGCAACUGCAGAGUGGCUUCUCAAAUGUACGCCUGGUCACGACUUAG